AUGGGUCUCUUUCUACCGGACCAAAUUGAUCAUAAUCAGCAAAAUAGUCUGAAGUCUUCUCACACUGAUACACCACCAUCGUUGCCUUUUUGCUUUUCUGCUUGUUACUUCGACGCUUGUUCAACCGACGAACCAUACGGCCCCAAACAUUAUUCUCGGUGUGAAGCAUGUCGAAAUGAUCAACUGGCACCAGAUAUGCAUAUAUAUAUGCAUCCGUGGUCGUUCCUCGGAACGGCUACCGUUAUCUGUUGCUGCAGACAAACCACAUGUUUCUCUGCAGAAAAUGACCUAAAAUGUCAUCCUGUGAUAAUACAAUUGACACAUACGGCAAAACACAUACGGCAGCACAGUACCAAUGUUGUAUCAUCUGCAAGCCUCCGACGCGAAUUACCAAUUGAGCAUCCGAACCAGGAACUGGUUCCGUCAAAAAAAGCGUCUAGGCAUAUGAUUUGCAUGUGA